AUGACCUGGUGGAAGAAAUUCGUUGUUGCUCGAGGCGACAAUACUCAAGAGAAGCGACGUUGGAUGCGGAUGGAAAACCAGGAGACCUCCGCUGUGGACCAGAAUGACCCUCCACAAAGCCCAUCCCCGAGGAUCAAGCCUGAAAGUACCAGUGACCCUGAAAGUCAGUCCUUCUUGCCCGGUCCUCAAAUAGCUCGAAAGAUGCUAGUCGCGUGGCGCAUCGGAAUCAUGGUCCCGUUCUUGGUGGCCGGGUGUUUGCUCUAUCUGCUAACAUGUUCGGCGCCGUCUUGGAGAGCAGAUUGGAGCGUGGUGCGGCUUGAUCUAGCUCAAACAGACUUCGAUGUGCUCUACGAUAUCGCUGAAACGGUCACUGGGCGCAAAUCAGACAGCGCGCAAAGCAAAAGGUUGUUGCCUAAAUCCUCCUUCGUGGCUGCUCGGUCUGCAGUAGUUGCCCGAGACGACGAGGCCAAUGAAGACCUGGGUGUGCUAUCAAUCAACAUGUGGGGCUGGUGUCUGAAGCCAGAGUCCGACACAGACGGAACUACUAUAUGUUCAUCCGAAAGCAUGUGGUUCAAUAUGGAUGAUCUUCUAGGUGCAGCGACGACCACACAAGCUGGGCUCUACACCCAUACGUUUUCAGCGAUACUGAUACACGCUUUGAUCGUCCACGGAUUGGCUAUGCUUGCUGCAAUGACGGCCAUCAUCCCAAUUGGACUCACCACGUGGCGAGUCUUCAGGAGCAAAAAUCCGACUUUGCAAGGUGGCUGGUUCGAGCAUGUCAGUAUACUAUUUGCGAGCCUACUGUGUUUGGUUGCUUGGAUCAUUGACAGAUGCUUACAAGCUAAUGUUUCGAGCAAGCUGUCGGAUACCGAUGUGAAAGCUGGGUACGUUUCUCGCCUCGUGGUGUUGUUUGAAAUGACCAACUUGCUUCGGGCAGGCUGGCAUCAGUGA